UUAACGACUUUCAUCAAAGCAAAACAUACCCAUAACAUAACAGUGUUUUUGUUUUUGUUUCUCUCUGUCACUGUUCUCACGUAAUCUAGAGUUGUCGGUGCUAAGCACAAACAUGUCGAACUCGAGGGUAGCUCUGAACUCAAAACUAACGGUUGUGUCAAGCAGACCCGUUAGUUCUUCGGGUAAGGCUCAUGCGCUAUCCGCGCUGGACCGUGGCAUGGGAUCACACACACUGCAUGUUAUAUACUACUACAAGAAUGAGGAGAACUGGUUUGAGUCGUUUGAUUUGAACUCUUUGAGGGAAUCGUUGUCUGAGGUUCUGACUCUGUACCCUACUGUGACGGGUCGGUUGGGAAUUAGAGGAGUGGAUGGUGGGUGGGAAGUGAAGUGUAAUGAUGCGGGCGUUCGGGUCAUAAAGGCCAGCGUGGAUGCCACACUUGAUCAAUGGCUCAAAUCUGCCUCUGGCUCCGAAGAGAACCUUCUGGUUGCUUGGGAUCAUAUGCCUGAUGAUCCUACCACAUGGUCUCCCUUCCGAAUUCAGAUAAACAGCUUCCAAGGGGGAGGGGUUGCAAUAGGAAUAAGUUGUAGUCACAUGGUGGCAGAUCUAACUUUCGUGGCAUCAUUUUUCAAAUCAUGGACCGAAGUUCACCGCCACUUGCCCAUUACCCACCCUCCUUUCGUCGCUCCAAAUCACGCAGAUGCAGAGUCUCUCCCUCGCCAUGCAAAAACAGAUUCUCCGAGAAACAUGGCCACAGCCACCUUCAAGUUUUCCACUUCAAUCAUCAAUCAAUGCCUCACCAAAGUCCAUGACACGUGCCCCAACGCCACCCCAUUUGAUUUCCUCGCGGCUCUGUUUUGGUCUCGCAUCGCUCGCGUCAAACCUCCAAAGAAUCACCACCAAACACAGUCUCUAUGCAUUUGCACCGACUUUAGGAGUCUCAUAAAAGCGUCACUCCCUAUAGGGUACUUCGGCAAUGCAUUGCACUUUUCAAUGCUCUCGCAGAAAGUGGAGGACAUGGAGAGUGGCCAGUUAGGAGGCAUAGUUAGUGCAGUGCAUGGGCAUUUGGGAGGGCUUUCAGAGGAAGAAAUUUGGUCUACCAAUGAAGGGAAUUAUUGCAUGUAUGGGACUGAGUUAACUUGUGUUUGCAUGGAGCACUUGGUGUUUGAGGAAGAAAAUGAGUCGUUGCUAUAUGCUGCAAUGUUCGGGAAUAACGAGAAACCAGUUCAUGUUUCGUGUCGCGUGGGGAAUGUGGAUGGUGAAGGUUUGAUCACAGUGAUGCCUUCCUCAGUGGGAGGACUUUCGAGAACAGUGAUGGUGAUGCUUCCUGAGGAAGAACUCGCUGAACUAAGCAAAGACGAAGCAAUAUUGGAGUUGGAGCCAGCGAUGCUUCUUGCUGGUUGUGUGGACCAUUAGACUUGUGCAAAAAUUUAAUUUUUCGGCUUCUUGUCUCUCUCUCUCUCUCUCCCGCUAUGUAAUGCAAUGCUGGCAACCUUUACUUACACAUGGGACCAGAGACGAGACAAGAAUAAAGCUUCUUACACACUGCUCACAGUUGCUAAAAUUUGGAAGAAUAAGAAAGUUUUUGUGAAAUGUGAUAGAACCAGCUCAUAUCUAUUUAUGUAGACGAGUUCUAGGGUGGACGCGAAACCAAGUGUUGUAAGUGUCAAAGUUAAAAACCAAAUCACGAAGAAACUUGGUUUUCGUAAUUCAAUGAUCAUUUUUUAUUGUCCGUCCUGCACCGUCCGAUUGAGUUAUUCAUAAUCCAACAGUCUAUUUUUGUUG